GUAUUGAGCCGCCAUGACAGUCGGCGAGUGCGGUCUACUUUAGAUGAAUGUAAAAAUAAUAAAUAAAAUACUUUACCGAAAACUAGCCUGAACCUUGAAGCGAAAGCCCGUCGGGCUAAACCCCUUCAAAAUGGCAAACAACUGGUGGAGAGAACCAGACAUGGGAGUGCUGAGUGCACCAGUGACAUCUGGCGAGCCGCAGGGGUGCUCCGCCAUGCGCAUGUGGCGGAAUGCCUGCAACACAUUGGUAGCGCCUGAUGCUGACGAUGCUUGGAAGCAAGUGGUGGAGGCCUCUCCUCCAGAGUCACUCUGGCACACUCUUCGGAACUGUGUAGCUUACCAGGCGGGAGUCUGGCAGAACUUGCUCAACAAAGGAGUGGACGACGUGAUCCAACCCGCGGCCUUCAAGCUUGCUAUUGUACUGCGCCAUACUCCAUCGGAACUCACCGUCAAACUCUUGUCCGACUUGCUGAGACUACAUCCACAGUCGCAAGACUUGACGUCAUACAUCCUGGCGCUGCUGACGGAUGACGAGGCGCAGUGGGGCGGCGGCAACUGUAGCUCCCCGUCCACCCCGUCCUCCCCCCACAGCGAGGAAGGGGGCGAGCACUCCUCCAGCUCCUCCUCCGGCGCAGACUCGGACGCAGCCGACGCGGGCCACGAGACGGACGGGCCCGAGCCCGGCCACGACACAGACCUCGACACCAACGAGGCCAGCGGGCCGGCGGACUCCGCCUCCGCCGCUAAAUCCAAACCCCACGUUAUGCCGCCCGAUUCCACCACGCACUCCGCCGACAACCCCAACAUGCCAGACUCGACCACGGCCGACGACCCCAUCGAGGUGGACGAGCCAGACUCCGGGGAGGGGGAGGACGAUGCCGACGCCGAGGCGGAGGCAGAGGGAGAUGAAGACGCGGACGGGGAUGCCGACGACGACGGGGAGGGCGACGGAGACGGGGACGACGCCGAGUCCGCGGACGACGGGGAGGGCGCGGGCAUGGCGCGCGUCGUGUCGCCGGCCGGGCCCGCGCCGCUGCGCGACCUGCAGCUCUUCGGCGACUGCGAGCUCGCCGUGCUCGCCGCCUCGCGCGAGGAGUACGACGCACACGCCAAGCUCGUGCGCGCUGAGUACUCCAAGCUCACCAACGACAACUACGUCCAGCUGCGGAUCAAGGUGCUGAACCAAUUUAGUCAAAUCCCGAAGCUGUUCCACUCUCCGGAAUUCGAAUGCUUCGAGUCUGCCGCUCGUGAGAACAUCGAGCGUGAGAUCAACACGCUGCGGGAACACUUGGUGGCCGGGAGGAGAGACUAGUAUUACCCUUUCCAGGAAGGUGACCUUCCUGAAGACGUGGAGCUCAACGACAGCUGUUAAUUGUUUACUCAUCGCAUCAGCUUUGCUCAUUACCUGACCGCGCUAUUGCGUUGAACUAGCAGACCUUCAGACUUGCCAUGCUACAUCACCAAGUUCAGAACUAAUGGAAAAUUCAUUGUGAAAAUCGUCAUACAAGUAAUGUCUAUGUAAUCUAUUAAUCAUUCGCUGGCGCGUCAUCAAGUAAUAAGUAAGAAAAUGUUUGAGUAAAUCAAUUGCUGGAGUACAUAUGAGAGACGUAUGUUCUCACUAGUACUAGCUCCCGUGAUUCAGGGCGUCACACUCCUGGCGAGCCGAGACACGCUCGAAUAGGACUUGUGUACAGUGUUGCCAACACAAGUAAGAUUCCUGGGUCAGCGCGGCUUGCAACAAUCAGUGAUUGUAAUGUAAUGACAGAGACAUUUUAAGUGUAGUGUUCUUCUUCUUAGAUUGGUGUCUGUUUAUUAUUAGAUUUUUUGUAACACAAGU